AUAAAUAAAUAACAAUUAAGCGCACAACUCCCUUGCACCCCUUCACCGUUCCUCUCUCGCGCACACACUCUGUCUCUCAAUGUCUGGUGUGUGGAUAUUUGACAAGAAAGGUGUAGCACGGUUGAGAAGCAACCCAACAAGAGAAUCUUUCGAGCAGAAAGAGCCACCACCUCACGGCACAGCCACAGCACCUGGUGCUCGACCGAGGGUUCUUGUUUACCUUCCAGCCAACCAAGUUAUUCACUCUUACACUGAACUCGAACAGCGUCUACUCGAACUCGGCUGGACUCGUUACUAUAACUGUAGCCAACCAAACCUUCUCCAGUUCCACAAGUCCGACCAUUCUGCCGAUCUUAUAUCUCUCCCUAUAAAUUUCUCCAACUUUAAGUCGUUUCAUAUGUACGAUAUUGUCGUCAAGAACCGCUCUUUCUUUGAAGUUCGUGAUCCUUUCCCUAAAGAUGUUACGACUGAGUACAGUCCUUGAUCAUCUUCUACAUUUAUCUAUACCCAUUUUGGUCUGCUUAAGCUUCAUCUUGUAAGGUUUAGGUUUGACUCUCUGUAUCUUUGUGUAAAAUGUAGAUGCAAAACCCUAAAGAUUAGUUUAAUUGGCAAGUCAAUUUGCUAUUCACUUUGUUCAUCAAGAUAUAUAUGUAUUCCAUAGUCAUAUUACAAGUUA